AUGUCACUACUAGUUAUUCAACUCAUUCUCUCAUUUCUCACCCUCACAAGAUCUCAAUCCAGCAUCUGCAGAACAUCUUGUGGUGACAUUUCCAUCAAAUACCCCUUUGGCAUUGACGAUGGAUGUGGAAGCCCAUACUAUAGACACAUCCUUGUUUGUUCUGACUCAGGAAAGCUUGAACUCAGAACCCCUUCUGGGAGAUACCCAGUUCGCAACUUGAGCUAUAGUGAUCCGCACAUUGUGGUCACUGAUCCCUUCAUGUGGAGCUGUGAGGAUGGUGAGAACUUUCGUCCCACAAGGCCUUUCAGUUUGGACACCAGCACCCAUUUCAAGCUUUCUCCACAAAAUGAGUACAUGUUCUUCAAUUGCAGUGAAGACAACGUGAUCAUUCAGCCAAAGCCCAUGUUUUGUGAGCAUUUCCCUGAACACUGUGAUUCAUCGUGUGACAGUGCAAGCUAUCUCUGCAGGCACAUACCAGGGUGCUCCUUUGCUUUGAGCCGUAGUUCUUGUUGCUCUUACUAUCCAAAAGCCACUGAAUCUUUAAGGUUGAUGCUCAAGUAUUGUGCUAGUUAUGCCAGCGUUUAUUGGAGGAACGUUGGUGCUCCUCAGCCUUAUGAUCAAGUCCCUGAAUAUGGGAUCAGGGUUGAUUUUGAUAUCCCAGUAACCACACGAUGCCUUCAGUGCCAGGAUCCAUUGAAAGGAGGUGGAACUUGUGGAUUUGACACGCAGACUCAGAGUUUCAUGUGCCUAUGUAACGAUGGAAACUCAACUACCCAUUGUAAAGAUCAUGAUAUUGAACAGCACAAUAGGAGGGUCCAUGUAAUCGCAGGGACAGUUACGGCAGUUUCAGCUGCAGGCGCGUUUGGAAUUGGCGCUGGUAUUUGGUACUUGAAGAAAGUGAGAGCUAAAGCACCAGUCACAUGUGGAGUUCAAAGCAACGAUAAUAGACUAUUCUGAAGACGACCUAAUAAUGUGAACCAUAAAACACAUAUUCCUUUUGU